AUGCAAAAAAUAAAUAAAGUUAAAUUAAAUAAUAACAAACAAAGUAACAAUCUGCAAAAUCAAAAUUAUAAUACAGGUGUUAGACCAACUUAUUCAAAUAAAAUUUCAUCUUCAAAAAGUUCAAAUAAAAUUAAAAAAGUUGUAACAAAAUGGACGGAUAACACUAAAUAUGACGAUGUCAAUAUUUCCCACGAGCCUACUAUAUCAGAGGAAAGGGAAGGUAAUUUAGUAAGUUCGCAAACACCCAAUUUAAAAAUACCUUAUUCUAGUAAUACAGAAAAUUUUGAUCAAGCAACAGAAAUUAGCAAAAAUGUAUUUCAUACACAAUCCGAUAACAAACGCUACACAGUUACAUACCACAAACCUAUGAUACCACAAUAUGAUGAUGAUCUUAUUUAUUCUGACAAUGUUCAAAUAACAGAUUUUCCAUAUAAUAUACGACCCAAUUAUGUAUAUACUACACCUAAGCCCACACCUAUUAUUACGAAUGUAGGCUACCCAAAACCUUGGCCUAGUUAUCAUACUUAUCAAGAAAAUAAUAGACCGACUAGAAAACCUAUAAAAUCAACUACGGCAAAAAAUCCUUAUAACUAUAAUAAUGUAAAUCACUUUUCCCCGUUUCCAUCUAAUAAUUUUGAUGUUACUACGUUUCCAGCUUCUAUGGGAUACACGGAUAGAAUAGUAAUAAGACCUGAUCAAUAUAAUGCUUCACCUGAUGACUGCCCAACUAUUUUCGUCACUCUCAAUAAUACUUUUCAAGGUCAAGGAAAGGAAGCUUGUCCUGAUCUUAAUAUAGCAGUCAACACAAAUGUAGUAAAUAAAAAUGUAGUGGUUGAAUCUGAUGAAGAUACUGACAUGACUUUAACUGACGUUUUUGGGUUGCCUUUAGAGGAAUCUGGUAGUGAUGAAAAUACAAACGAUUAUGUAGAGUCACAAGAAAAUGAUGAUGGUCAAACAGAAGAUAUAUCUGAUGAAGACUUAGAGAUAUCAAAUUAUAAUGCCGCAAAUAAUAUUGAAUCAGAGUCUUCUGAACCUGCGAAUUUUGCUUCACCUAGCUCUGCCCUUUCAACUUACACUCGACCAGGUCGACCAAAUGAUGAUGAUGAUAUUUUUUCUUCUAUUAUAGACUUCUUUAAGCCUAACUUAAAGUCAUUUAGCUGGCUAGCAGCAAUCAAUCCUCUAAGUUUCGGUGCGUUAGCGUUCAUUUUAACUCCAUUAGUUGUAUUAUUUGCUGGAGUGUCAGGUUUGUUAGCUUUUUUUGGACCAUGGGCUUUUUCUGGCAGAGAAUUACCAGAAGUACAUAUGUAUAGGCCGCAAUGGCAACUAGAUGAUUAUUACAAUGGAUUUCAUUUGAAUUCUAUACCAAAUGAUAGAAAAGGACACGCUUCAGAAACAAAUGAAGAAGACAAAAACACUGAAAAACCUGUCGAAAUAAUAAACGACAACACUGCUAGAGAUGUCAAGAAUAAAGCGCCAGUUAUCGGUGAAUCCAUUCAAAAAGUUGCAAAUCAAUUGCUUGACAAAUCUAAUAAAACCAACAACAUGGCAGCUAUACCAGACACGAGAAUACCACCAAAAUUAAAAACUCAGAUUGUUCACAAACAAAAAAUUAAAACCAGACAUGAAGAUGGAGAUGAAUCGUUUGAAAGUUCACAUGUAGGUGUUGCAGUUCCAGUUACAAUGGAGGAACUAGAAUUAGAAAAUAAAGAGGUUUCAAAUGAAUCUUCAACAACCAAUGAAGGUAUAUCGACUUGGAUUUUAUUAAGUAAUCCUGCUAAUAAAGACAACGCUUCGGUAUCAACAGAACCAACAAAAUCAGAAGAGGCACAAAAGAAACAAAGACCUGCUGUUAGUAAAAAUAAAACCAAAAAACCACAAAACAAAAUACCAACUGCAAAGCGACCGAUUAUUGGAAGCACAAAUAAAGCUGACUUAAUAGCCGGAGGAUCAGCAAUAAAUGAAAAUGUUUAUAAUAAAAUUAAAGACACAGUGCUAACUAAUGUACAAAAAAAUAAAAAUUCUCCUGUUCGUACAACUACAGUAAGCACAACCACACUUCCCCCCUCUACUGAAGCUCUUACUACGAGAGCAACAGUUACCAUACCAAUUAUAAAAGUUACAUCAAAACCAGUAAAGAAAGCAAAUAAAAAUAAAGUAAAAGUUAGUACUACCACGACUGCGUUAGCCCCAGUUGUAACUGAAUCAGCAUUACUAAAGGUGGAACCAAAGGAACAAGAAAUUGAAUUAGAAAUUAGUACACCUGCUACUACAACUAAGAAACCUAAACGUUCCUCAAACAAAAAGAAAACAAAAAAACGUAAAACUACCAAACCUAAAAAGGAAACCUCCACUGCAAUAGCAACCGAACUUAAAACUACGAAUAAAACGAAAAUAAAUAAAAUUUCUAAAAAACCAAAUACCACUACAGGGCCAUUUACCACGCAAAUAUAUAAUUAUUUUUCUAGAGAAGUUAUGCCCUCAGUUGGAGUUGGAGUAAUAGGUUUAGCUGGUUUAGUGGGUAUUGCUAGUUACUUCUUAUAUCCUUUCGCCACACCAGUAAGACGUACUAUUGAAGUUGACAAGAAAGAUGAUAUUUAUAGACAUAAUGCAGAAGAAUAUGCAAGUGAAGGAAAUGGUCAACCCGAAGAAGAAAUGUUAGGAACUGUGCUUGCUGGUAUGCCCAUAAAUUCGAAACAAAAGUUCAACCCAUAUGCUGGUCAAACCGCCUAUAUUAACAGAUAUCCAGCCAAAAAGGAUCAAGAUAUAAGAUAUCGUCAUGUAGCUAAUAAUUAUGAGCCAAACCGUAAUGUACAUUUUCCUCAACAAAAAACAGGUAUAGCGCAUGGUGCUGUGUAUCCUGAACCUAUUAAUUAUAAUCAUAAUCAUUAUCAGUAUGAAACGCGUCACGCAUACACGACGGAAAAGAAGUAUGAAAAACCGCAAACAUAUACUCCAUAUCCUGCAGUAGAACCAAUAUAUGCAGCCCCACAAACUGGACCUUCAGCAAUAUCGUCGUAUGGUAGUGACACGUCAAGUUCCGUGGUCUAUGGUGUCAAGCCAUCAGAAGACACCGAUUUUAAACCAGUUUAUCCAUAUGAGACUCAAUUCUAUAGUGAAUCUACGAGCAGUCCUGUAACAUAUUCUCCUACUUCCAUGUAUUUAGGUUCAAAUAAUGAGGCAGACGAUACAGAUGAUAGUAAAUAUUCAGAAGAGAACUCUGAAGCAGGAUCAGCUGAUAAUAAAUUCGUUGUAGGUAACGUGCCGAAAGAAUUGACCGAGUCGGCCACACCAGUUGUUGUACCAGAGCAUGGACCACGAAAGUUAAACAGAAGACGCAGAAAUAUACGUCGCAAACGAAACAUUGUUGGUUCUAUUGAGGAGAUAUUGAAAGCUGCCAGAGAAAAUAAAGAAAAUGAAAUCUUUAUAAGUAAUGAAAUUGAUGAGGGAUUGGGUGGCCCAAUAACACCAAAACCUGUAGAAAUAAUACAAUUAAAAAACGAAGAUACAAUAACACCUGAGAAUAAAGAUGUCUUUACUGUUUACGCUGUAUCUAUGGACCCAAGCAAAGAACAAGAAGUUGACGCUAGUACAAUAAAAAAUGAAGUUAUUGAAAGUAUUUCAACUUUACCUAUAGACGAUAAAAAACAAAAUACUGAAACUGAAAUGUCAAAUGAACUAGAUAUAACAACAAAGUCUUUCAAAGUGUACGAAGUGUUCCCAACAACAAAAAUAGAAGAUGAAAGCAGUCCUUUAAUAAACGAGGAUGGUUCUAAAUACUCUACAGUUAGAAACGUUAACACCGAAACUACCACAGAAGUUAAAUUGGAAUCUACAUCGACUGUGCCGUAUGGACCUAAUAAGCCAAAACCGACAUUUACACCAGAAGUAAUCACAUAUCCUCCUCUUACUAGCGGUGGAAUAUUCGAUUUUAUUAAAAGACUCGUCGAAUUCAAAUACAGACUAGGUUUAAGUAUAUUACAAAGUACUUCUGAGUCUUUGAGCAGAUAUUUACGCAACUUAGAUGAUAAAUUGGUGAAAAAUAAA